UAUAAAUCCCAUCCCAAAGAUAAAGCCCCUCCCAAUUGAUCCGACGUUCAGGUCCAUCAUCAGUUCUUGGUGAGAAUGGAAUCCAUCAAGGACAUGCCGCAGCUGACACCCGAGGAGGACGAGAAGGCAAGCAUGUUCGCCCUGCAGCUGGUGAUGGGUUCCAUCCUCCCCAUAACAGUCAACGCGGCCAUGGAGCUCGAGCUACUAGAGAUCAUCGUCCAGGCCGGCCCCGGCGCCAAGCUGAGCCCCACCGACGUGGUGUCCCGGAUGCCAACCGAGAACCCCGAGGCGGUGGCCAUGGUGGACCGGAUCCUCCGUCUGCUCGCCGCCUAUGAAGUCGUCAGUUGCUCUGUCGAGACCGGCCACGACGGCCAUCCCUCGUGCAAGUACGGCGCGGCGCCUGUGUGCAAAUACUUGACCAAGAACGAGGACGGCGUUUCCUUGGCAGCGUUGAGCUUGUUGAACCACAACAAGAUCAACAUGGAGAGCUGUUACUCCUUGAAGGAAGCGGUGUUGGAGGGCGGCGCCCCCUUCGAGAAGGCCCACCGGAUGACGUUGUUCGAGCGCCAACGCGCCGAUCCACGGUACAACAAGCUUUUCGCCGAGGGCAUGAGGGGCCACUCUACCAUCUUCAUGAAGAAGCUGGUCGAGAUCUACCGCGGCUUCGACGACGUCAAGGUGCUCGUCGACGUCGGUGGUGGCACCGGCGCCACCAUCCACAAGAUCACCUCCAAGCAUCCGCACAUCAAGGGCAUCAACUUCGACCUCCCUCAUGUCAUUUCCAACGCACCACCCUACCCAGGUGUCGAGCAUGUCGGUGGCGACAUGUUUGAAAGAGUUCCGAGUGGAGGAGACGCCAUCUUCAUUAAGUGGAUCCUUCAUGACUGGACUGACGAGCAAUGCAUAAAAAUAUUAAGAAACUGUUGGAAGGUUCUGCCAGAGAAAGGAAAGGUGAUGGUGGUGGAAUAUAUACUCCCCGUAAUCCCGGAGUCUAACAUGAUCGCACAGGGUAUUUUUACCCUAGACAUGGUCAUGAUGAUCCAGACUGGAGGGAAAGAACGGACACAGAAAGAGUUUGAGGCGUUGGCAAAGGAAGCAGGGUUCAUAGGAUUGAAGGCUACCUAUAUAUCCAUGUGUGUCUGGCUCAUGGAAUUCACAAAAUAGAUCAGUACCUAUACAAAGUCCUGUGGUUGUGCUCUGAUCGGAGUUCUGUCCUUCGUUAUUGGAAGACGGCCUGAAUAAAGUUUGCUACGGUUUGAAACAAAGAAUAAGAUACUUUGUAGAAAUGCAUUUGAGCAGAGCGUUG